AUGGCGGGAAUGGGAUGGGCCGCUGAUGUUGGAACUGUGCAGCGGGAAGGUGUGCGAUGGCUGACGAAAGUACGACGCAUUUUGCUGUCGCCGCGGCAAGCUGCAGAAGGGUUUCCCGGAUUGCGCAAGUUCCGCCUCAUCGUCCUGCGCGAUGUGGGGCGGUUUGCGCCAGAAGUGCGACGUCCGU